AAACAUUCUGUCUCAGUCCCAGACGCUCCAUUAGCCCCUCCCACCCAUGGAAAGGCCCCAGUGCUCUGGAAAAAACCAUCUACCCUCCCACGGCUGGCUGUGUUUUUCUGCCUUUUUAUAGCCUGUAAACAUCUUCCACAUUAAGCAUCGUCUCUAAAUUCUGAGCCUGCUUCCUUCUGGGCCCUAAAUACGCAAGCUCGGCUUGAGGCGUAUGGUGUGUGUGCGCACUGCUUUGAGCUGCAUCCUCCAGUUCUGUUUCAUAUGCUCGUCAUUACUCCUGCAGGGCUUGCUGUUCCUGCAUGGGAGCCCACUGAGGUCUCACGGCAACCUGAAACCUUCCAACUGCCUGGUAGAUAGUCACAUGCAGCUGAAGCUGUCAGGAUUUGGGUUGUGGGAGUUCAAGCACGGCAGCACAUGGAGGAGCUACAACCAGGAGGCCACAGACCAUUCAGAGCUCUACUGGACAGCCCCAGAGCUGCUGCGGCUUCGGGAGAGUCCCUGUUCUGGCACCCCUCAGGGAGACGUUUACAGCUUUGCCAUUCUCCUGAGGGACUUGAUCCACCAGCAGGCCCACGGGCCCUUUGAGGACCUCGAGGCAGCUCCAGAGGAAAUCAUCAGCCGCAUCAAAGACCCCCGGGCACCCGUUCCGCUUCGGCCGUCCCUGUUGGAGGAUAAAGGUGAUGGAAGGAUUGUGGCCCUAGUGAGGGAGUGCUGGGAUGAAUCUCCAGAGCUAAGGCCCAUCUUCCCUUCCAUCAAGAAGACGUUACGAGAAGCCAGUCCCAGAGGCCACGUGAGCAUCCUGGAUAGCAUGAUGGGGAAGCUGGAAACGUACGCCAAUCACCUGGAGGAAGUGGUAGAGGAGCGGACCCGCGAGUUGGUGGCAGAGAAAAGAAAGGUGGAGAAACUCCUGUCUACCAUGUUGCCAAGCUUCGUGGGAGAACAGCUAAUAGCCGGAAAGUCUGUAGAACCGGAACACUUUGAGUCUGUCACCAUCUUCUUCUCUGACAUCGUGGGGUUCACAAAGCUGUGUUCCCUCAGCUCCCCCCUGCAAGUGGUGAAGCUCCUCAACGACCUGUACAGCUUGUUUGACCACACGAUACAGAGCCAUGAUGUAUACAAGGUUGAAACCAUUGGAGAUGCCUACAUGGUGGCAAGUGGGCUCCCCAUCCGCAACGGAGCUCAGCAUGCCGACGAGAUUGCCACCAUGGCCCUGCACUUACUCAGUGUCACCACCCACUUCCAGAUCGGGCACAUGCCUGAGGAGAGGCUCAAGCUCCGCAUAGGCCUCCACACAGGUCCUGUGGUGGCCGGUGUGGUGGGAAUCACCAUGCCCAGGUACUGUCUGUUUGGAGACACUGUGAACAUGGCAUCCAGGAUGGAAAGCAGCAGCUUGCGUGGGUAUCAUUUGCAGCAUGCAACGCUGCAAGCACAGUUCCCUGACCCCUGCUCCUCUAGCUUUCAUCAGUGGGUAUUUUUUAGAGGACUCAUUUGCAUUUUGUCUUUGUUUUCUAUCUGGAAGAUAAGAUCAUUAUUCACAGGAGUCAACCUGAGUACCAGCUGUGUAGACAGAGAUGUUUCCCCCCUGUGUGCAUAGUGGAGCUACAUAAACACACAUGGCUUCUUCCUUUUAACUCCCUCUCCCUCCCACCCAUCUCUCUCUCCAUGUGUGUCUUUUUCUCUAUAGCUCUCCACCUUAUUCUCCAUCUUGAUUUUUGAUCCAGGGUCUCACUGAAGCUGAAGUUCCCUGACUGGCUGGGCUGGGUGACCAGUGAGUUCUCAGAAUCCAUUUGUCUCUACUUCUCAACACUGAAGUUAUAAAUAUGCACCCACACCCAGCUUUAAUGUGGGUGCUGGGGAUCAAAACUUUGAUUGUUAUGCCUACAUAGUUAUCAUUUUAUCCAUCAAGACUUUUUUCCUGUUCUUAACAGACCUACAUAUAAUGAAAGCAUAUAAACACAAAACACACACAAUAGAAAAGUUUUUUUUUUUUUCCUAUAGUGUCAGACAGUAAAUAUUUUAGGUUUUAGGGGCCAUAUAGUCUCGGUUGCAACUACUUAAUUCUGAUGUUGUAGUUCAAGAGUAGUUUUAGAAACAUAUAAAUGCAAGACCCAGUUCCAAUAAAACUUUAUUUGCAAACACAAAUAUUGGGCAGACUGGCCUGUGAGUAAUAGUAAUCUCUGAUGUAGAGUGUGUACCUGGUGGUGUAGAGAAAAAUCUAUGAACAGAACUCAAGAAAGCAUCAUAUUCUUAUGUGCUUUCUAGUAAUUUUAUCAUACCAACUAUUGCUUGAUAUAUACAUGUGUGUGUGUGUGUGUGUGUGUGUGUGUGUAUGUGUGUGUGUGUAUGUUUGUGUGUAUGUGUGUGUGAGUUUCUGUUGUCCGCCUUGCCUCUGAGGGUAUAGGAACUCUGCUGCAUAGAUGAUACACAGAGAUGCUAGACUGUAUUUAACCCUAUAUCCCGCUGUUGGGUGCUGGACUACUCAGGGGUUGGAAAAAUGCAGCCUAAGAUGUGGGAGGCUGAAGAUGGGCUUCCCUGACUACUGGGUGUCCAUUUGCUGCUGGAAACCAUGCAGAGGGGCUGGGAAUGAAGGGUAGGAGGUCCAUGGGCCUGUGAUGAGGAGCCCUGGGCUGGGGGUUCCCAAACUACUGGACAUCCAGGCACUGGGUCACAGGGAGUUGGGAACGGAGGAGGCCCCUGGAGCUGGUGCUGGGGGAAUGGGCUCCAGCGUAGCUAAGCAGUGACAAGUCCAGGGAUGCAGAGGGGCUUCUGUGGGGGACUUAGAUGGCACAGCUCUGUAGAUGAUGAAGGUUUCUCCCAUGCUCCCCAAGGCGGUUCUUGAUGAAAGAGACAGCCCUUGGGUCCAAACCGUUUAUUGAUUGUUCAUCGUGGAAAUGGGUGCAUACCACCUCCUCAUGGUGGACCAGAAAUUAAAUAUCUUUUGCAGGAAGGAAUGUCCUGGAAAGGAAGCUUAUUGGCUAAACCCUCAGGGUCUCUAGAUAACUCAUCAGCAUGGAGAACUCUGUCCUCAUCUAUGAGACCAUAGGUCAUAGAGAGUGUGGUCACGUGAUCCUGAUCAGAAGUGAGUGGAGUGCCAAGGGUCCGCUGGUGAGAGGUUCCAGGGCUUCCAACCUGCUCAGCCUUACCAAGUUUCCUGGCAUGGUCUAUUGCCCUUGCGCGCGCGUGCGCGCGUGCAUGUGUGUGUGCGUGCGUGCCUGUGUGUGUGUGUGUGUGUGUGUGUGUGUGUGUGUGUGUGAAGGAAAGGUUUACAGUUUACAAUAGAUCAGGAAGCUGGCUGCCUAGGCAGGUUUCAGAAUUGUCUCUACUUGCACCUUUGGUUAUGGUAACAUUUUCAGGAACACGUCUUCAGUUCAUCCCAGGAAGAGGAAGAAGCCCAGUGAGCCUCCGUUCAUGGGGAUCUUCAGCUUGCAGUCUGAGCUGGUUCUCUGUUCCUAAACCAACCACUAAUCCAUAAGUAUCUUACCAAUUUACUAAUGCCUGGGUAGCUUAACGUCCCAACCUACCUAUGUGUCCCAGACACUGGCUAUAAUUUGUACUUUAAAUUUGUCUAUCUGUCUGUCUGUCUAUCUAUCUAUCUAUCUAUCUAUCUAUCUAUCUAUCUAUCUAUCAUCUAUCUUCAUACACACACACACACACACACACACACACACCUGCCUAUCUACCUAUCUGAAAAGGGUCUGACUAAAUCUCAGGCUAGCCUGGAACUCACGAUGUAGUUAAAACGGGUCUUGACCUCCAGCUCCAUCAUCCUCUGCUUCCCAUGGGCUGGGAUUAGGAUACCCAGCCUCGUGCUUUGUUUUAUGAGAAGUUAUAGAAAACAAGGAAUGAAGUAAUGUUGGUCCCUUCUCUAAAGAAGCCCUGCCCACCGACUCCCCCAGUGAUGAUGGCGACUAGCCAAUGUCUGAUUUC